AUGGAGGACAAUGUGCUGUUCACGCCCAGGUCCUUGAACGGAACGUGCGAUGCGAUCGCUGCAGCGGGCGACUUCGACUACCUGGCUCUGGCUGUGAAGAGGCCACUCGGCACUCCGUUCAGGCCAGACCUCGGGCUCCGCGAGGUAAAGAAGGCGCGCGUGACAGAACCAAUGCCUAACGUGUGGAUGUCAAGUUAUUUGGUGACUGGCAACGGUGCCGUCAAGCUAUUGGGCUGCCUGAAGCGGCAGGUGCAGAACUAUGGCUCUAACAUCAUCGACCGUGUUGUGUCGAGGCAGUGUUUAUCCGGAGACGAGAGCAUCAAGGCAUUCAUAGUUGACCACGACCGCUUCUUUGGUCACGUGGAGACUCUCGGCGACACGCGGAUUAAGCAAAACAUGGAUGCGGCUGUGCACCACAAGCGUUAUUCCCAUAUUCGGCAACGUGGGGGGAGGAGGGACGCUGUAGAUAACCAUCCAGACCGGAUACGGUCGAGCAGGUCCACUGCAAUUUCGAGUCAUGCAGCCGUCGAUGAAUCUCGCGGAGCGGUUCCUGUCCUGUCUUGUGUCGUUGUCACCUACGGUAUUUCUCAGUGUGCUAAGUCUGAUUCAACUAUCCCAAUUCGCAGAUGCGUCGUUCUGCGAUGUUCGCUUCAUUGUGCAAUCCAGUUAGCGUUCUCUCACUGUGCCCUGUUCCUUGAGCGGGGCAGGCCUGGAUAA